AUGGCUGAGCAGUCUCCCUCUCCCCUGCUGGGCCGGGCCAUGCCUCGGGCCCACCCCCGGCCCCGGGCGGGGCUGCCCCGUCCCUGCCCCCGGGCGUCCCGCCGCGGUCUCGCCUUCGCCCGGCUCUGGCAGUGCUGGCGAUGGCGCUGCUGGGCGGGCAUCAGUGCCUGGGGCUGGGGCAGCAUUGCUGGCCUUUGGCUGCGCCUUUACCGAGCCCGGCCCCGGCCCCGGCCCCGGCCCAGGCCCCGGCCCCGGCCCCGGCCCCGGCCCCAGCUCGUCCCUGGGCCCGCAGAGGACACAGGCGGCGCGGCCGCUCCCGCCGCCUCCACUGCGGCUUCCCCAGCCCAAGCUCCUCCGCUUGGCAGCGCGGCCGCUGGCCCUGAGCCGCUGCUGUCCCGUUGCCAGGAGCAAAUGCCUGGGGAUGCCCAGCCCGGGCCGCUCGAGGGGCGCUCGGGGGCCGUUCCUGGCCCCGGGCCGAGCGCUGACAGCCGCGUCUCGCCGGCAGGGAAGGCGCAGCAGGCCCUCCAGGAGCAGUACCGCCUGGGUUCGCUGCUGGGCCACGGCGGCUUCGGCAGCGUCUGGGCGGCCACACGGCUCUCAGACCGUGCCCCGGUGGCCAUCAAAAGGGUGCCACGGAACCGUGUCCGGCAUUGGGGUGAGCUGCCCAACGGCACCAGCGCACCACUGGAGAUCGUGCUGCUGCACAAGGUCUCCACUGGCUUCCCUGGUGUCGUCCAGCUGCUGGAGUGGCUGGAGCUCCCCAAAGACAUCAUUAUCAUCAUGGAGCGCCCGGAGCGUUCUCAGGACCUCCAGCACUUCAUUCGGGCACGGCGGUUCCUGUGCGAGGAGGUGGCGCGGGAGCUGUUCCGCCAGGUGCUGGAGGCCGUGCGGCACUGCACCAGCUGCGGGGUCCUGCACCGCGACCUCAAGCCAGGGAACAUCCUGCUUGACCUGGCCACCGGGCAGGCCAAAUUGAUCGAUUUUGGCUGUGGCACCUACCUACAAGACACAGCCUAUACUCACUUUGCAGGAACACCGUCAUACAGCCCCCCGGAAUGGAACCAGUUUGGCUGGUACUAUGGACAGCCAGCUACUGUCUGGUCCCUGGGCAUCCUGCUGCACCAGAUGGUGUGUGGGGAGCACCCUUUCAGGAGGGGCCACAAGAUCAGCUGGGACCAUCAGCUCUCGCUGCCACCACGGCUCUCUCAAGAGUGCCAAGAUGUAAUCCGGCGGUGUUUAUCCAUGCUGGAUGUGGACCGGCCUUCAGUAGAAGACCUGUUGUGUCAUCCCUGGAUGCAGGAUAGUCAUCUGCCAUAG